AUGGUUUCAAUACAGGCCGCGCCCUCUUUGUUUGCGCCGCCGUCCGAAACACGUCUAAGCCCACCGACGUCCCUUGCCUGCCUCGGCCUGAAUCACCUGCCCCUCUACCACCCACCCUCGACCUCGACCUUGGGACCUGACACCAUGGAGCCCAACGGCGCGCCGCCUCCAAUCCCCAUCCAGUCCAUCGACCAGCCCGGCCUCAAGGCAACAGGCCAACUCCUCUACGGCCUGCGCCAGGAGGUCGCAGAGAUCCUCAAGAGAUCCUCCACCGGCUUCCCAGGUGCGCAACCCGUGAGCUUUGCGAGGAGGCAUAUAGACGAGCUGCGGCGCGAGGACUACUAUGUCUGCGAAAAGUCCGACGGCAUGCGCUAUCUGCUCUACCUAACCGAAGAUGGGAACGAAAACGAAGCACACUACCUGAUCGACCGCAAGAACGACUACUGGUUCGUCAACGCCGGCUCGCUGCACUUCCCCACGCCCGCCAACCAGCAGCACUUCCACCGCAAGACGAUCCUCGACGGCGAGCUGGUCAUGGACACGCUGCCCGACGGGCACAAGGAGCCGCGGUACCUGGUGUUCGACUGCCUGGUGCUCGACGGGCUGGUGCUCAUGAACCGCGAGCUGAACAAGCGGCUGGGCUACUUCCGCGACAACAUCUUCAAGCCCUACCAGCAGCUGCUGCGCGAGUACCCCGAGGAGAAGAAGUUCCAGCCCUUCUUCGUCGACCAGAAGUCGAUGCAGUUCUCGUACGGCAUCGAGAUGAUGUUCAAGGACGUGAUCCGCAACCUGCGCCACGGCAACGACGGCCUCAUCUUCACCUGCCUCAAGAGCGAGUACAAGCCCGGCACCGACCCGCACAUCCUCAAGUGGAAGGACGCCGAGGAGAACACCAUCGACUUCGUCUGGAAGCUGCGCUUCCCCACGCUCGAGCCCGACAAGCUCGACCGCGCCGAGGGAGUCUCCCAGCCCUACGUCGACUACGAGGCCAAGCCCGCGAUCGAGCUCCUCGCUAAUCACGGCGGCGGCUUCCCGCAGGGCUACCAGUACUUCGCCGACAUGUACAUGGAGGAUGGCGAGUGGGAGGUGCUCAAGGGCCUCGGCGACCCGCUCGACGACCGCGUCGUCGAGGCCUACAUGGACGGCCAGAAGCGGUGGCGCUUCUACCGCUUCCGCGACGACAAGUCCGACGGCAACCACAUCUCGACCGUCAACAGCGUCAUCGACAGCAUCCGCGACGGCGUCAAGAAGGAGGACCUGCUGGCUGCUGCCAAGACCAUCCGGGAUUGCUGGAAGGCUCGAGAGGCCGCCGCCAAGGCUCGAGGAAGAUGA